GUGUGUUCAGGGGAAGGCUCCGGAGGGAAACGUCGCCACCGCGGCAAAAGACCCGGAGACAACUUAGUUCCUGCGCCGAUUUUGUGGCAAUAAAGCACGGGACGGUUUGCGGCUCGCAGAGAGGUGGACCCCGGCACUCGCCUUCUUUCCGCUGCCGCCAUGAUUCCGAUGUCGCUGGUGGUCUUAGUGGUGGGUGGCUGGGCUGCCGUCUACCUGACCGAUUUGGUGCUGAAGUCAUCUGUCUAUUUUAAGCAUUCUUAUGAAGACUGGCUGGAAAACAAUGGAUUGAGCAUCUCCCCUUUUCACAUAAGAUGGCAAACUGCAGUUUUCAAUCGUGCCUUUUAUACUUGGGGACGGCGGAAAGCGAGGAUGCUUUACCAAUGGUUCAAUUUUGGAAUGGUGUUUGGCGUAAUUGCCAUGUUCAGCUCUUUUUUCCUCCUUGGAAAAACACUGAUCCAGACUUUGGCACAGAUGAUGGCUGACUCUCCUUCUUAUUCUUCCUCCUCCUCUUCUUCCUCUUCGUCCUCUUCCUCAUUCUCUUCAUCAUCUUCUUCUUCCUCUGCUCUUCAUAAUGAACAGGUGCUACAAGUUGUGGUUCCUGGUAUAAAUUUACCUGUCAAUCAACUGACCUAUUUCUUCGCUGCAGUUCUCAUUAGUGGUGUUGUACAUGAAAUUGGACAUGGGAUAGCAGCUAUUAGGGAACAAGUUCGAUUUAAUGGCUUUGGGAUUUUUCUCUUCAUUAUAUAUCCUGGAGCAUUUGUUGAUCUGUUCACCACCCAUUUACAACUUAUAUCACCAGUCCAGCAGCUAAGGAUAUUUUGUGCAGGUAUCUGGCACAAUUUUGUCCUUGCCCUCUUGGGUGUUUUAGCUCUUGUUCUCCUUCCAGUAAUUCUCUUGCCAUUUUACUACACUGGAGUUGGGGUACUCAUCACUGAAGUCGCUGAGGACUCACCUGCCAUUGGACCCAGAGGCCUUUUUGUGGGAGACCUUGUCACUCAUCUACAGGAUUGUCCUGUUACUAAUGUACAAGAUUGGAAUGAAUGUCUAGAUGCCAUAGCCUAUGAGCCCCAGAUUGGCUACUGUAUAAGUGCAUCAACUUUACAACAGUUAAGCUUCCCAGUUAGAGCAUACAAACGGCUAGAUGGGUCCACCGAAUGCUGCAGCAAUCACAGCCUCACAGAUGUGUGCUUUUCCUACAGAAAUAAUUUUAAUAAGCGUUUGCAUACAUGUCUACCUGCGCGGAAAGCAGUGGAAGCCACUCAAGUUUGUAGGACCAAUAAAGACUGUAAAAAAAGCUCAAGUUCAAGUUUUUGUAUAAUACCUUCUUUGGAAACCCACACUCGCUUAAUAAAAGUGAAACACCCACCUCAAAUUGAUAUGUUGUAUGUAGGUCAUCCACUGCAUCUUCACUAUACAGUGAGCAUCACCAGUUUUAUCCCACGUUUCAACUUUCUCAGCAUUGAUCUCCCAGUGAUGGUGGAGACAUUUGUCAAGUACCUAAUUUCCCUUUCUGGAGCUCUAGCCAUUGUUAAUGCAGUGCCCUGCUUUGCUUUGGAUGGUCAGUGGAUUUUAAACUCUUUCCUGGAUGCUACUCUUACGUCAGUGAUUGGAGAUAAUGAUGUCAAAGAUCUAAUAGGAUUUUUCAUCUUGCUUGGUGGCAGCUUACUUUUGGCUGCCAAUGUCACCCUGGGACUCUGGAUGGUUACAGCACGGUAAUGUUUGUACUCAUCUGACAGAAUGUCUGAGUUAUAUGGUAAUAUCCAUUGACAUUGAAAUCCUUAUGUGGUAUGAAAUGUAAAGUGUUUCCUUAAAAUUAUAUUUUGGCCAACAUCUUUAAGCUCCUCCUAGAUCCAAAGUAUGGUGUUAGCAGGAUAAACAGAAGCAAUGAAAGGCACAGUAACUUAUUACAUGUUAGUUAAAGAUUGAAUGUAUACACUUCACAUAUUUGUGGAACAAUUUCUAAACAAGUACAAAUUCAUGUAAUACCAUUUUGUGUAACUUCAUGUAGUAUUGAAAUAGUAUAAAAUAUAAUAUAAAGUAUUGAAAACAGAACUGGGUGGAAAUAAUUAGUAAAAACUUAGUGUCAUUAGUCAAUAUUUAAAGGAGACCAGGGCUGGAGAUUUAGCUCAGUGGUUCCGGCACCUGCCUCACAAGCGCAAGGUCCCGAGUUCGAUCCCCGGUACCAAAAAAAAAAAAAAAAGAUUUUAAAGGAGACCAGACUUUGGCUAUGCAGAAGAGUGAGUGUAUUCUUGGCCUCUAUCUUUGUCUUGUUUGAAAAGCAUUUUAAAAGUUAAUGAUAUGUUGUUUUAUACUUUGAAAGCUGAGGUCUGAUUACAGUUAAAUUAAUAAAAUUCUAUGAAAGACUCUACUGACAUCAAAGGUGAAGUCUUUGUCAAAUGAUACCAAGGAAAUGAACAGAGUUGAAAAUAGGGCCUCUGAUAUCAUGAGAUAGUUUUUCCCCACAAGUGCUGCCUGGUUGAUAAAGUGUCUUUGCACCCUCAUGAAACAGCAUUAGCCUUCUUACUCAGCUGCCGGAAGUGUCUCACACCAGCAGCCUGUGAGCUGAGGCAGUCAGGGUUGAACCUCAGAACUAAGCCAGGUCCUCUGACAGAUCACAGUACUAGGCACAGGAUCUUCAACAGACCUGGUUACUACUAUUCUCUCUAGAGCUCUGAAGCUUACAACACUCCCAGAGCAGACAUUUUCUCUUCUGCUACUGAGGCCAUCUGGGCCUAUCUUUGAGAAGCAGUGACCUUAACUUUGAGCCAUACUCUGUCCUCACCAGUGGGCUUCCAUGCUUCUCUGUGCUGGAUGAUUAAACAUCUAGUCCUUGCCUUCCAUCCUUCCUUUAAGCUGCCUCUGUGGGUCCACAGAAGACCUGGUAGUACAAUGAUAGUGGCUACACAUGAGAGGGCACAAAAAUGUAUUUGCCAGAGCCUAGGAAUGUUUCUUGAAUCUGAAAAUGCCACACCUGGUUUCAGGGUCUUAGGGAAUAAAGAUACAACCCUGGGAAAUUUGGGGAGCCAGCCGGCCAGUGUGAAGCUGUCUUAGAGGCUGUUUCAUGUGUGUGUGUGUUUUGCAGUACUUGGGAUUGAACCCAGGGACUUGCUCAUGCUAGGCAAGUGCUCUAUCCCCAAGCUACAUCUCCAGCCCUUUUGAUUUUUUAUUUUGAGAGGAUCUCACUCACAAGGCCUAGGCUGGCCUUGAACUUGCAAUCCUCAGCUUCCCAAAUAGCUGGGAUUACGAGUAUGCACCAACAGUCCCAGAGAACAUGCUGUUUCUUUGAUGAAAAAUGCAUACUUCACUCAUAUACUCAAGAGGUGAUAAAAAGCAAUAACCCAUUAAUAACAGUGACUUGACCUUCUUCACUAAGUGAAGGACUCUGUGGGUUAUCUUUUUCAGAUCAUUAGUUGUUCUUUAAGCACUAAAGCUUUUAAAUCAUUUUAAAGAAACUUUUUAGAUUAUAUUAUAAAUUUUUCUUCCUUCUUACACGGAUCUUAUAUAUUGAAUAUAUUUUUAGCAUUAAUGGUUCAGCUCAUCAGUUAAUACCAGUACUAAAACUAUACAAAUUACUAGUUUUUGCCAGAAAAUGUGGCAUUUAUUCUGUUCUUAGGUAGACAGUCAUUCAGGACCAAAGUACAUUAGCAUAGUAAUACCCAGACUUGUUCAGGUGAAUUUGGGGAAUACCAUGAAAUACUUGCAUAAUUAAUUUAAUUACAUGAAUUAAACAGUUUAUUAAAUGUUGUGUAUGUGCAAGUCAGUUUUUUUAAAACAGAAAAAAAGUUUUGCAGUGCUGGGGAUUAAAUCCAGGGUCUCACGCAUGGAUGGACAAGUGCUGUAUCACUGAGCUACAUCCCUAGGCAAAGAAAAAAUUUUGCAGAGGAAAUUCUACCCACUAACUACUCUUUAUGGGUAAAGAAAAGAAGAAACAAAGCCUCAUUUUAUCUUAACUGUUAAGCACUGUGGUCUGCUAAUCCAUAGGAUCAGGAUUUGGGAACUACUGAGGGAGGAAAUUGAGCAAAUCAAUACCAUUUGUGUAGGAAUGGCCUCAUUGUAUAAGAAAGGAAGUGUUAUGGGUUGUCUCUUCAGCUUGACUGUGGGCUCUUCUAGAGCAAGGACCGUGUCAUAUUCAACUUUGCAUCCUUGCCACAAUGCUUGAGACAUCGUAAGUACUUAAUAUGGUUGAAUGGAUGGUGAUUAAUGUUAUUUAUGGAUUAGAAAAGCAUGCUUCUAUUUAAGUAAGCUGUAAAAAGUAUUAUUAAACAUUUACUGUAAAUAUGUAUUAACAUUUAAAAAAUUGGAAGGUCUUUAUGUCCUUGGUAUAUUAUCAUCUUUAUGAAUUCAUAAGAAUCUAUUUUAGUUUCUGUAGAGCAGUUAGAAAAAUGAGUUGUUUUUGAGGAUUUGAAGAAAAGUGUUCUGUAUUGUCACUUUAACAGUGAAAUUUUAUUCUUUGUUCCUACUCUGCAUUGUUUACAUUUUGAAAGUUUUUUUAAUCACCUGCAAUCAGUAAAGAAUGUAUAUUCUUGUCAACAUCUCAACUUGAAAAGACAUACAGUUAACCUUUUGACCUUUUGGCAAUUGCUCUUCUAGGUCAUUGUUCUCACAGCAAAUUGUAGACUUGUGCUUCAUAGUUAUAUGUCUCUCAGACAUCAUUCUGUCCUAUGAUAUUUCUUGAAUGUCCACACACUAAGGAUGCACAGGAAUUUUUUUUUUAAUAAAUCCUUUGUGCUGUAAAAUUUACUCUUAAGCGUUAACUUGAAGAUACCAUAAUUGCUGGUAUUUGAUAUUUAGCAGUAAAAGAAUAAAUAUACCAGCAUUUUAUGUUUAUAAUUAUCUGUGUUUUUUUUAAAUUGUGGUUUUUAUCAAAACUGUUGCCCUUAUAAGAGUUAGAUCUUAGUCGUUUUUAAAUUCUUGAUUCUAAAAGCAGCUUUCACUUUUCAUUCACAUAAUCUGUAUGAAAGUUAAUGCAGAUCUCAGUAAGAAAACUUUUAAAUGAGGUUCCUGUGUUCUCACUACUAUUUUGGAAAUGACUGGUAUAUGAAUAAACAAAGAAUAUUAUCAUGUUUCCUUUUUAGAGUCUGACAGAAUUCUUCUGUAAGUUCAUCUGUGUUUUUUAGGAAUUCUUGAAAGUCUUUUAACUGUAACACUUGGUUGAUUCUUGAGCUUUUGCCCUAAUGCAUCCUAUUGUGUCUCCAAAACCAGCCUCCCCACCCUCUUUGCGCUCUCCCUCUCUUUACCUAGGACCCCCAGAAUUGGCUGGGAAUUUAGCCCAGUUCCUGAGUGGCUAGCCUCAUUCCAUUCCUCACCACUGAUCCUGUUACACUACAGUUAAGACGAAAUGACUGAUUAUCUGAACCACUUUUAAAACAGCUUUAUUGAGAUGAGUACCAUAAAAUUCACCCAUUUAAAGUGCGUAAUUCAGUGUAAACGAUUUUUCUUUUAAAGUUUGAUCUAACAAAGUAUACAUAUGCUUUAGUAUUAUCUAAGCUUUUAAGUAGAUGUACCUAUGAUAAAAGAUUGGAAGGGGGAAAUAUGUUAUUUCACAACUAUAUUAACUUGAGUAAUUUUCACCACUGAAAUGGAGUUGAAUAACGUUUAUUUUGAAGGUAAAGCAUGUAGAUGUAUUUCUUUGCGGUGAGCAUUUUAAAUCAGUACAUUUGCACUCUUGCUAUUUAGGCCACACUAAUUUGAAUAAUCCAUUAUAUAUUUUAUUAAACUAUGGCAGAUGAAUUCAGUGAAAAGAAAGCCUCCUUUCAGAAACAAAUGUUACAAUAUGGUGUACUCGGUGUCAGUAGAAAAAGAAAUGGCUAGAGGAAGUUGUAAUUCUAAUUACAAAGCAUGUGUAAUUAAAGCAUUGUGUAAUUUAAUUUCCCACUGAAGAGGAGGAAAAACAUCCCCUUCUUAGUUUUGUUUUGCUAAAGAUUAAUGGAUAGCCAACAAUUGUCCCUUCUUACUAACUAGAUGCUUCUCAAACUUUUUACGGACAUGUUAUGUGGAGGAAAACCGCAGCAGGAUCUAAGAGUACAAUCUUAUAAUUGGCUCUCUGUGGUAUAAAAUUGAAGUCUCACUUUAUCUUAAAUUUAUGUACAUAGAUCUUGCUUUCUGUUAAUCAGAUAUCGUAAAGCCAGGUCUCAUCAUAAAGCCAGUUCUCCUCUUAAAGAUAUGAAACUAAACUGUAAAAAAAAUUAGACUAUAAAAAUACCAAAAUUUUUUUAUUUCUAAAAUACAUUGAUAGAAAGUUUAUGACAGCUGGUCUGUAGACUAGUGACAGUCUGCGGGGGUGCUUUUGUCCAUCUGUUGUGAAAGGAGGAAAAAAAGCACAUGUACAAUAUUGUCUUUAACUAUAAAUUAAAUAUAAUAUAUAUGUGAUGCUAUAAAGCUGCCUACUGCCCUUUAUCAAAGUGCUCUUUUAUUUAGAUUAUGGAAAUACAUGCUUAAUUUCCUUUAACACUGCCAGAUUUCUCUCCAUAAAUGGCUUUUUAUAACCAGUACUCUGUGGAAAGGCAUGAAAGUUCCAUGUUUCCCCAAACCCUUACCACCACCAGAAAUAUCUGAUUUCCAUGUUCUGGCAGAUCUCAUUAUAAUUUUCCUUUGUCAGAUUAUUCAUAAAGUUGUACAUCCAUAUCAUUUUUUGCCAUUUUGAUUUUUCAUUUUGCCAAUUGGUUAUUCAUAUCCUUUGCUCAACUUUCCAUUGAGUGUCCUAAUUUUUCUUAUUGAUCCAUCAGAAUUUCUUGUAUAUUCUUGAUUAGGGAUCAACAAACUACAGCCUUGUAGGCUAAAUCCUGCUUGGUACUGAUUUUGGCACAGUUUUAUUGGAACACAGCCACAUUCAUUCAUAUAUGUAUUGUCUUAGGAUGCUUUUGUUCUACAAUGGCUGAGUUGAGCAAUUGCAGCAGAGACCAUAUAGCCCACAAAGGCUAAAAUAUUUGCUCUAUUUUUCAAAUAAACAGAAUAGGCCAGGGAUUUAGCUCAGUGGUUUCACAGCCUGCUGCGCAUGCGCAAGGACCCAAGUUCGAUCUCUGGUACCAAAAAAAAAAAUUAAAUAAAAAAAAAUAAACAAUAACCCAUGCUCCAGAUAUCAAUCUUAUCCACUUAAGAUGUUGCAAAUAAUUUUUACAAUCUGUUACCCAUUUGUAAAUUUUAUUUAUGAAUUGUUGAAUAAAGAUCUUUACUUUCUUGA